UUCGGGCGGACCGCCGGGUGAGCCACAAUGAGAGGCGCAACACGUUCCUGCACCCAGUGACGGGACGGAUCCCGGAGGAAAACUCGGGGUUUGACUUGCAAAAGCCUUCCUUGGACAUGUCCAGCAAAGCAGGCGGGAAGCGGCUGGCGACCGUCCCCAGCGAGCCAUCCAACCACGCCAUGGUGUCGGAGGCGGCCGCGGAGCGCCCCGGAGGCCGGGCUUCGCGCCCGUCCCGCAAGGGCAUCGCCUUUGGGAAGCGCUCCAACUCGAUGAAGAGGAACCCCAACGCGGCGGUGACCAAAAGCGGCUGGCUCUACAAGCAGGCCAGCUCAGGGGUGAAGCAGUGGAACAAGCGCUGGUUCGUGCUAGUGGAUCGUUGCCUCUUCUACUACAAAGAUGAGAAGGAGGAGAGCGUCCUGGGCAGCAUCCCCCUGCUCAGCUUCCGCGUGGCAGCCGUGCAGCCCUCGGACAACAUCAGCCGGAAGCACACGUUCAAGGUGACUGUGUGCUGGGCGGAGGCGGCGCCGGCGCGUAACAAGCAGUCCCUGUCUCCCCAGGCCGAGCACGCCGGCAUCCGGACCUACUUCUUCAGCGCCGAGAACACGGAGGAGCAGGAAUCCUGGAUCCAAGCCAUGGGCGAAGCCGCCCGGGUGCAGAUCCCACCGGCGCAGAGACACGAGAAGACGGACUCCGAAAACAUCCCCCCCAGCAAGCACCACCACCACCACCGCAACGCCGCGCACCGGGAGCACCCCAAAGCCGACCCCGACGCCAAGACCCGGGGGGAGGGCGACGGCCGGGGCUCGGAAAAGAGCGAGAGGAAAACGGAGAGGACGGAGAGCAAGAAGGAGCCCUUGGCCAAAGCCAACGGCGUCGCGGGGCAGGAGGUGCCCUCGGAGCCCGGCAGCCCGUACCCGGAGGCGCCCCGGGCGCCGGGCGGCGUGGAGCGGCCGGCGCAGCCCAACGGCUGGCCCUACGCGUCGCCGAGCCGCCCCGGCAGCACCGCCUACCCGCAGCCGGACGGGGAGAGCGCGGCGCACCGCCGGGGCUUCGCGCCGCGCACCAACCCCGAGAAGAUCGCCCAGCGGAAGAGCUCCAUGACGCAGCUGCAGCAGUGGGUGAACCUGCGCCGGGGGAACGUGCCGCCCGAGGAGCUGCGGAGCCCCACCAGGUUCUUCCCCGUGUCUCGCCGGGUGCCCGACUACUAUUCCCCCUACUCGCCCCAGUACCCCGAGGACUACCAGUACUACCCGCCGGGGGUGCGCCCCGACAGCAUCUGCUCCAUGCCCGCCUACGAGCGGGUGAGCCCGCCCUGGGCGCUGGACGACAAGCGCCACUCCUUCCGCAACGGGGGCCCCUACCAGCUCCGCGAGUGGAAGGAGCACCCGGGCUACGGCCGGCAGGACGUCCCGCUCUGGCUGCCCGGCCCUGGCCCUGGCCCCGGCCCCGGCCCCGGCCGGCAGCCAGCCUACUACGACGAGGUGGACGCCGCCUCGGGCUCCCUGCGACGGAUGUCGCUGCAGCCCCGCUCGCGCUCCGUGCCCCGCUCGCCCAGCCAGGGCUCCUACAGCCGCUCCCGCCUGUACUCGCCGGUCCGCUCGCCCAGCGCCCGCUUCGAGAGGGUGCCGCCCCGGGGAGAGGAGAUCUACGCCGACCCGGCUGCCUUCAUGAUGAGGCGGUCGGUCAGCUCUCCCAAGUACGACUACCUGGGCGACAGGCGGCCCGUCCCUGCAGGAAUGUACCCGUUCCACUACCCGGCGUCCCCCACCGUCCACGACAAGAUGGAUGAACUUUUAGACCUUCAGUUGCAAAGAAACCUAGAGUAUUUGGACCAGCAGAUGAGCGAGAGCGAAACUCUGAUCAGUAUGGUGAACAGGAUGGUGGAGAACUCUUCCCCUAGGGCUCAGCUCUACAUGCAAGUGACGCCCUUCCCGGACGCCUACAGGGAGACGCUGCACGCCUACAAGAUAAGCGAGCAAGACACGGAUAAGCUCCUGGGGAAACUCUGCGAGCAGAACAAAGUGCUGCGGGAGCAGGAGCGGCUGGUGCAGCAGCUCCGAGCGGAGAAGGAGAGCCUGGAGAGUGCCCUCAUGGGGACCCACCAGGAGCUGGAGAUGUUCGGGAGCCAGCCGGCCUACCCGGAGAAGCUGCUGCACAAGAAGGAAUCGCUCCAGAACCAGCUCAUCAACAUCCGCGUGGAGCUGUCCCAGGCCAGCACGGCUUUGGCCAACAGCACUGCCGAGUAUGAGAGCCUGGAGAGCGAGGUGUCCGCCCUGCACGACGACCUCUGGGAGCAGCUGAACCUGGACAUCCAGAACGAAAUGCUGAACCAGCAGAUCCAGAAGGAGAUCUGGCGCAUCCAGGACGUGAUGGAGGGGCUGAGGAAGAACAACCCGUCCCGUGGCACCGACACAGCCAAGCACAGAGUGGCCCUGGGCCCCUCGGGAACGUACAGCUCCAACAGCCCCGCCAGCCCGCUGAGCUCGGCCAGCCUCACCAGCCCCCUGAGCCCCUUCUCCCUCGUCUCCGGCUCCCAGGGCUCGCCCACCAAGCAAGGGCCCGGCGAGGAACCAGGCCCGCCUCGACCUCCCCUUCCCAAGUCAUAUGUACCCCUGGAGUCUCCUCCGACUAUUCCUCCGCUCCCUAGCGAGGGCCGCCUCUGGCCGUACCCCACCUCCCCUUCUUGGCAGCAGGGCGGCGAGGCGAAGAGGGGACAGCUUAAAGCGAGCUCGGAGCAGAGCAAGAAGGACGGGCCCCGGCCGGCCGCCCCCGGCUCGCCCGCCGAGGGGCCGCUGCUGCAGAGCCGGCAGGAGCAGGAUGCGGAGAAGCAAGCGGCUCUCAACAAGGUGGGCAUCGUCCCCCCCAGGACCAAGUCUCCGGCGGAGGAGGCGGCGGCGCCGGCGGCAGGCGUGGUGCGGAGGAGCGCCGGCGGCACGGCCAACGGGCUCGGCUCCCGGGAGAGGCCGAAGAGCGCCGUGUUCGCCACCGAGGCGAAGGCGAAAAUGAGCGUGGAGGAGCAGAUCGACCGCAUGAAACGGCACCAGAGCGGCUCCAUGAAGGAGAAGCGGCGGAGCCUGCAGCUCCCGGGCAGCCAGCAGCCCGAGACCCCCGGCACCAGGGCGCCGGCCUCCUACAAGGUGGUGCGCCGGCACCGCAGCAUCCACGAGGUGGACAUCUCCGACCUGGAGGCCGCGCUGCGCUCCGAGGACUCGGGCAAGGUCUACGAGACGCCCCGGGAGGAGAUCGCCCGGCUGCGCAAGAUGGAGCUGGAGCCGCAGCAUUACGACGUCGACAUCCAUAAGGAGCUCUCGACGCCGGACAAAGUCCUCAUCCCCGAGCGGUACAUCGAGCUGGAGCCCGACACCCCCCUCAGUCCCGAAGAGAUGAAGGAAAAGCAGAAGAAGGUGGAAAGGAUAAAAACCCUCAUUGCCAAAUCCAGCCUGCAGAACGUGAUCCCGCUGAGCGAGGGCGAGGUGGACGCCCCCCCGGACCCGGAGACGCAGCUCCAGGAGCAGGAGAAGAGGAUCGAGAUCUCCUGCGCCUUGGCUGCGGAGGCCUCCCGCCGGGGCCGCAUGCUCUCGGCUCAAUGCGCUACCCCAAGCCCUCCCACCUCCCCAGCUUCCCCGACUCCACCGACCAACCCCCUCUCGUCUGAAACAUCCCGGGUCGCCGACAGCAGCCAUUUUAUGCGUGUCUGAGCCAUGAACACAAGCCCUGGCUGCCGCCAACGCUGGCAAGUUCCACGGGGCCACGUUUUAGCCCCCCGGCACGACACCGAACCUCUCCUCGGCCAUCGUUUUCGGUUCUCCCAGGCCCCCUCCCUCUCACGAAUGGCAAGACCGGCCCGGACGAAGGAGCGGGAAGACGCACCCGCCGCGGCCAGCCAGCGGAGGCCUGGCCUCGCACCGGCUCCCCCGCCCCUCCCGGCCCCAGGCUCUGCUCCGGCCCCGGGGGGAUGUGCGGGUGCCGGGAGGGGAUGUGCGGGUGCCAGGAGCUAGCAGGAGCGCGGUACCGAGGGGACCAGGAGACCUCCCCAGGCUGCCAGCUGGUGCAAGGGCAGGCUGUUGCAUGCAGGAUCUGUUGUGUCCAGGGAGUUAGGUAAAGCAUGGACAUCUGGGCAGGGGGAUUUGCAACAGUAUCUGUAGUGCCCAGCACAGCUGGAUGGUUGCCCUGCCAGGACAACAUUGCACCAGAGGGGAGUAGGACUCCCUUGGCUCUCCGUGCUGGUGUGUUGGUCUCCUGAGGGUCUACAAAGGCUCUUCUGUCCCUGCCAUGGAUGGUGCUUUCACCUUCUACCGGACGUGGAUGCUCCAUCUCUGCUCCCUGGCAACUCUUCCCCUCCCUGCGUCCUUGCCUGAAACUGCUUUCAGCAUCCCGGCAGCUCGUCGCCAGCAGAGCCUGGUCUGCCUGUGUCUCCUCACGGCCCAGCAGAAGGAAGGAAGGAAGGAGCUGGGGAUGGGGUGGAUGGAAAGAGAACUGAGGGGACCGCAGAGGCGCCCGGGUAGGAGCCGGGGAAGUGGGGCGAUCUGCGCCGGGGCGGUGCAGGGGGGUCCGGCACAGCAGUGGGCACGGAGCGGAGCAGCAGGUCUGCGCGGGGACCUGGGCAUGUCGCAAGGGAAUAGCGGAGCGGUGCAGCGGGCUGGCGCUGGGGCGCGAGGUGGCAUGGCAGAGCCGCGAAAGCGCUCCCUGGGCUCAGCAGGGAUCCUUGUGCGCGCAGGGAUGACGGAGGGACGGGAACAGGCCGGGCACGACGAGCGCUUCCAGGCGGGCCGUGUCCCCUUGGUGGAGAUGGGAGAGGGGGAGAGACGAGCGCUGCUGCGACACGGGCUCGCACGGGCUGCAGCGGGGGCAGCGGCUGCCGCGUCCGGCGACACGCCGGCGAGCCCGCGGCGGGGCUGCCAGCGUCCCGGGGCUCCUCCGUCCACCGUCCCGCGGCUCCUCCGUGCGGCCGGCGGCUGGUCCGUGCCUCCCUCCCGCCGCCUCGGGCGCCUGGACAUAGCGGCUUUCCUAGGGGCUCGUGUGCCGGGGUGGGACCGGGCCCCUUUGAAAAUCCGGCAGCAGGUCUCGGCCCCGGGCCUUGCCGUUUCGCUCCAGACCCUUGGACGCCUCCCGUCUCCCGGAGCGCGAUUCCCCAAACCGCCCCGCUCCGUGUCCGUGCGCUUCCCGCAAAGUCCCUGCUCCCUGUCCCCGGCGCCCGGCCCGCCGGGCUCCUCGAUCUUAGCAAUACCCGUAGUGUCCCAGGCAGCCCGAGCCCCACUCCGGGAACCUCCUGCAGCCCUCUUAGCUCAUAAAGCUGGCCCUUUAUUUUGCUAUUACAUGCCUUAAUAUAUGUUUUAUGGAAAUUAUACAUUUAUAAUAUAUAUAUAUAUAUA